AUGGAUUUCCAAAACCAGGGCGGCAAAUCGGUUCAAGUCGUUAGCACUGAACCUGACAAGGUUCACCACGUGGCUAGCAACGCCGAGUAUGAUUCCUUGAUGGCGACUCCAGGUAAACUUGUCGUGGUAGAGUUCAGCGCUGAAUGGUGUGGCCCAUGUCGAGCUAUGGCCCCCAGGUUUGCAGCAGCUUCAAACCAGUAUAGUCAGGCAUUAUUCAUUCAUGUUGAUAUCGAUAAGCUUUCGGAUUUACCAGAUAGCAAAGCUAUCCGCAGUGUUCCAACGUUCAAGUUCUACAAGAACGGGGCCUUCAUUACGGAUUUUGUCGGAGCUAGUGCAGAGAAGUUGAAGUCGACUAUUGAAGCUAACCUUUAA